CCCGGCCAAGGCCGGACGCGCUUGGGGAGAUUCGGCCGAGGUCUGCAAGGCCCUCGGUUUCCCCCGAAAAGUCCGACUAUGGCGGCCGGGAAGGACCACAUGCAGGUGUCUCUGACCUUUGAAGAUGUGGCUGUGGCUUUCACCCAGGAGGAGUGGGGGCAGCUGAACCCUGCUCAAAAGACGCUGUACCAGGAGGUGAUGCUGGAAAUCUCUGGGUUCCUGGUCUCUCUGGGGUAUCCUGUUCCCAGACUGGAGCUGCUGUGCCAGCUAGAGCAAGGGCAGGAGCCGUGGGCAGUGGCAGAGUCCCUCUCCAAAAGUACCUGCUCAGGUGACAGUGGAAAAACCAAGUCCAUAGGAUCUACCACUUACAAGCCAAAACUGUCUGAGGGAAUCUCACUCCAGGAAAAGUCAACAACAAGAACCCCAGGAGGCUUGCAAUGGAUACAAACCAAAGGCCGCAAUGAUCCAUCACAAGUUCAGAAAAGACUCUUCAUACAAGAGACAGAGGCCCAGGGGGAGAAACUUCCUGGGAAUAUGGGUCCUAUACCAGAUGAUGUAGGGACAGCUGAGGAAUUGUGCCCAACGCCCACACAGGAGGAAGAGGAAACUGUCUUCAAAUGCAGUGACUGUGGGAAGGUAUUUAAUAAGAAACACCUCCUUGCUGGACAUGAGAAAAUCCACUCUGGAGUGAAGCCUUAUGAGUGUACAGAAUGUGGGAAGACCUUCAUAAAGAGCACUCAUCUCCUUCAGCACCAGAUGAUCCACACUGGAGAGAGGCCCUACGAGUGCCUGGAAUGUGGAAAGGCUUUCAACCGCAAGUCAUACCUUACCCAGCACCAGCGGAUCCACAGUGGGGAGAAGCCUUAUAAGUGCAGUGAAUGUGGGAAGUCCUUCACACACCGCUCCAAUUUUGUCUUGCAUGGCAGGAGGCAUACGGGAGAGAAGUCUUUCGUGUGUACAGAAUACGGACAAGUCUUUCGACAUAGGGGAGGUUUCCUUAGACACUGUGUCAUUCAUGGUGGGGAGAAUCCAUACGAGUGCUUUGAGUGUGGACAGGUCUUUAAGCACAGGUCCUACCUCCUAUGGCACCAACAGACGCACACUGGAAAGAAGCCCUAUGAGUGCAGUGAGUGUGGGAAAUUCUUCCUUGAGAGUGCAGCCUUGAUCCACCACUAUGUGAUCCACACUGGGGAGAAGCCCUUUGAGUGCCUCGAGUGUGGCAAAGCCUUCAACCACAGGUCGUACCUCAAGAGGCACGAGCGCAUUCACACUGGGGAGAAACCUUUUGUGUGCAGUGAGUGUGGAAAAGCCUUCACCCACUGCUCCACUUUCAUCUUGCAUAAAAGGGCCCACACUGGAGAAAAACCCUUUGAGUGCAAAGAGUGUGGGAAAGCCUUUAGCAAUCGGAAAGACCUUUUUCGUCAUUUCAGCAUCCACACUGGAGAGAAGCCCUAUGAGUGUGUGGAGUGUGGGAAGGCCUUUGCUCGUAGGUCAGGCCUUACAAGGCACAAGCGAAUUCAUAGCGGGGAAAAGCCUUUUGAAUGUAUUGAGUGUGGGAAAUGCUUCUGCUGGAGCACAAACCUCAUUCGCCAUGCCAUUAUACACACUGGGGAGAAGCCGUAUCAGUGCAGUGAAUGUGGAAAGGCCUUCAGCCGCAGCUCAUCCCUCAGUCAGCAUCAAAAAAUGCACAGUGAGAGAAACUCUAGCAGUGCGUCACAUGAGGGAAGAAGCCCUUUCACAACCACACACACCUCAGUUACCCUCCGAGAACUCCUUCUAGGAAAAGGCUUCUUGAAUUUAACCUCUGAGGUAAAUCUUUUGUCACAGGAAACAAAUUCCUCAGCAUCUGAUUGUUUAUACCAAAGAGAAACUCCACAAGUGUCUUGACUGAAAAAAAGAGAGAGAGAGAAAUAAAAAAGCUUCUGUCGCAGAAUAUUCUUCGUCAUUUGAAGACCAACAUUGGCAGCAGACUCCAGUUUUAUAGCCUUAUUUUCCAUGAAAAUUCACUCAGGAAAGAGACCCAUAGUAUGGGGGUUUGGGAUUUUGUUUUGUUUUCAUAUAGGAAAAGCUUCAGCCGUGUCUUUCUCCUAGUUUACAUUACAGUGUUAUCUCAGGAAUUGUUUCACAAAGGAGCAAAUGUAGACCAAAAUAAAAACAGGUCUCACAGAUCUCCCUGACAAAUCUA